ACUAUUAUUUCGUUUGCUGUUGCAGGAUCUCCUGGUCGAGACUCCGUCCGUGUAUCCGUGUGUCCGGACGGGUAGUGAGAGUGCCAUUCAAGCGUUACAAAGGAUAUAGAACUUUUUUUUUCGCUGGUGGAAAGUUUUGUGCAGAGAAAAAAUUUGCUCUAGAAGUGCAUUAGGUGGUGGAGAAAAGAGCAACAUUAUUGUUAGCUGGUUGGUGCAAGUUGGUGACGGGCUUUUCAUCCACUCGGUGGACAUACAGAGUUGUGCGGUGGAAACGCGAUAAAAAAGGACGUCGUCGCGCGUCUUGGAUACGUGUGAUUUUUUUUAUUAUUCGUUCCUCUCGCUCUCAUUUUUUCGCAUUCGAUUUAUUAACGCUCGCGCGCGAAAGUCGACACGCGACGCGGUGGUGUGUGAAAAGUGACUGUCCAAUACCCACGCACGGUUGCUGGUGCGAUCCGUCAGAACGCAAGGAGUACACUUCUUCCUGGUCGUAGUUUACACGCCGGAGGAAGUGUCACAUAACCCUUACAACACAUCGGAUAUGCCGAUGCCAUCGGCCAAGGAGCAAACGCUGAUGUGGCAACAAAACUCGUACAUGAGUGAUUCCGGCAUUCAUUCGGGUGCGGUCACUCAGGUACCAUCGCUCAGUGGCAAAGAUGACGAGAUGGAAGAUGAUCCGCUGAUGUUCGACAUGGAUCAAGGCUUCUCGCAGAACUUCACCCAGGAUCAGGUGGACGAUAUGAAUCAGCAGCUUAGCCAGACACGCUCGCAGCGUGUUCGGGCCGCCAUGUUUCCCGAAACACUCGAGGAAGGUAUUGAGUUUCCCUCGACACAAUUCGACCCCCAGCAGCCGACAGCAGUCCAGCGCUUGUCGGAACCGUCACAGAUGCUAAAGCAUGCCGUUGUCAAUUUGAUCAACUAUCAGGAUGAUGCUGAUCUUGCCACUCGGGCCAUCCCGGAGUUGAUCAAGCUGUUGAACGAUGAAGAUCAGGUCGUAGUAUCCCGAACCGCCAUGAUGGUACAUCAGUUGUCCAAGAAAGAAGCUUCACGCCAUGCUAUUAUGAAUAGCCCGCAAAUGGUAGCUGCAUUGGUGCGUGCUUUGUCCCAGAGCAAUGAUCUGGAAACGACUAAAGGAGCAGUAGGAACGUUGCACAAUUUAUCGCAUCAUCGCCAGGGAUUGCUAGCAAUCUUCAAAUCCGGUGGAAUUCCAGCUCUUGUCAAGCUUCUAUCCUCACCAGUUGAAUCUGUUCUUUUCUACGCAAUCACAACACUUCACAAUCUGUUGUUACACCAGGACGGUAGCAAAAUGGCGGUUCGCUUGGCCGGCGGCCUGCAGAAAAUGGUGGCUUUGUUGCAACGCAAUAAUGUCAAAUUCUUAGCCAUCGUUACUGAUUGCCUACAGAUUCUUGCUUAUGGCAACCAGGAGAGUAAACUAAUUAUUCUUGCUUCCACGGGACCUAUCGAACUGGUCCGUAUCAUGCGCUCAUACGAUUACGAGAAACUUCUCUGGACAACCUCCCGUGUGCUGAAAGUUUUAUCAGUUUGCUCGAGCAAUAAGCCAGCCAUCGUGGAAGCUGGCGGUAUGCAAGCACUAGCCAUGCAUUUGGGUAAUCCAUCCCAACGACUAGUCCAAAACUGCCUGUGGACGUUGCGUAAUCUUUCCGAUGCUGCCACCAAGGUGGACGGAUUGGAAACUCUCCUCUCCGGGCUGGUCACCGUGCUCGGAUCAUCCGACGUAAACGUCGUUACUUGCGCUGCCGGUAUCCUGUCCAAUCUGACCUGUAACAAUCAGCGCAACAAGGUCACCGUUUGCCAGGUGGGUGGAGUCGAAGCUCUCGUUGGCACCAUCAUCAACGCAGGAGAUCGCGAAGAAAUCACCGAACCGGCGGUUUGUGCUCUCCGUCAUCUGACUUCUCGCCAUCCGGAGUCGGAAUCGGCUCAAAACAUUGUCCGCAAUGGGUACGGACUUCCGGUUAUCGUGAAGCUGCUUAAUCCACCGUCACGCUGGCCGUUGAUCAAGGCGGUUAUCGGAUUGAUUCGCAAUUUGGCACUGUGUCCACUGAACGCGGCUCCGCUGCGGGAGAAUGGCGCGAUUCAUCUGCUGGUGCGGUUAUUGUUCAAGGCGUUCCAGGAUACGCAGAGACAACGUUCGUCGGUCGCCACCAACGGCUCCCAGCCACCGGGUGCGUACGCUGAUGGUGUUCGUAUGGAGGAAAUUGUCGAAGGGACUGUUGGCGCCUUGCAUAUCCUCUCGAAAGAGGACCUCAACCGGCAGCUCAUUCGCCAACAGAAUGUGAUUCCCAUCUUUGUGCAGCUUCUGUUCUACAACGACAUUGAAAACAUUCAGCGCGUUGCGGCUGGAGUUUUAUGCGAACUCGCCAUCGACAAAGAGGUGGCUGAGAUGAUCGAAGCCGAAGGGGCUACCGCACCGCUCACCGAACUGCUCAAUUCAGCUAACGAAGGUGUCGCUACAUACGCGGCCGCCGUCCUCUACAAGAUGAGCGAGGACAAAUCGAUGGACUACAAAAAACGUUUCUCGAGCGAACUGACCACCCUGCCGGUGUUCCGUGACGAUAGCAUGUGGAACAACGGGGAGCUUGGGAUGGGACCGGAUCUGCAGGACAUCCUCUCCCCCGAUCAGGGAUAUGAGGGCCUCUACGGACAAGGUCCUCCUAGCGUGCACAGCUCGCACGGUGGUCGUGCAUUCCAGCAAGGAUACGAUACACUGCCGAUAGAUUCCAUGCAGGGGCUGGAGAUUGGAGGCAGCGGUGGUGGCGGAAACAGCGGUAGCAACGUCCCCGGAGGUCCCUCGUCCGGGCAGCCGACUUCACCGUACCCGAUGGACAUGGACGUGGGCGAAAUGGAUGCCAGUGAGCUGACGUUCGAUCAUCUGGAUGUGAUGCCAUCGCCGCCACAGGAUAACAAUCAGGUGGCUGCCUGGUAUGACACCGAUUUGUAAAUGCAACGAAACGGUGUCGAAGCCCACAACACGUCUAUAUGUAGCGUAACACCUAUACAUAGUGCUUCCAGUGUAUUGUGCAGGAUUCACGUUAAAGGGCAGCUUUAACUAUUAUUUUAUUCUGUUUUCUGAUACAUUUUCAACAACGAUUUUUCAUUUUCUGAAACGAGGCUUAUGAUAAACCUUACGUUGAAACCUUUUAUUGCUGGCUAGGUACGCUGGGCUACUUAAGUAUAUUCCUCUCACAUGCAUGCAGUUAAUGCGUUCUGUUGCAAUCAUUUAACCACAAAAAUAUGCCUCGAGAGCUUUUUCCAAAUGAUCUACUAGAAAUUGACUAGUUCGAUAAUUUGAGAAAAGGUCAAGGAGUGCCACAAACGGAUGUUUACUACUGCAUUUUGACGCCUAUACACGAAGCGAGUGGAUAAACUUACCCACAAGAGUUGAACGAAAAAAGAGGGAAAAGUAUUGUUUCGCGAGAAUACAAAAAGCGCAUUAUAAAUCGUAAACAAAAAUAGUAUAAAUGUUAUGCAAACACACAGUAAGAACAUUCGAAUCACUAAGCAAAACGGAUGACGCUACGAAGUGGCGUCAAUAUUUGAAUUAAAUAAAUCGGUUCAUUGGUAGAUUGCCAUCAAUACCUACUUGAAAUUCCAUUAUAUAAAAAAAACCAUUAAUCGAAUUUCAGACGCUAUUCGCCGAUCUGGAAUCAUUUUUUCUCUGACUGAUGCGGCGAGCUGACAUUCGAGUAACAAAAGUAGAUUGCCUCACUUUUAUUGAAGAUCAUGACAGGUACAGUUUUAUCCGCGAACAAUAGCUAUCGGUUCUCGUUUGUUUUCAGAACACACUAUUUUAGUAUUCUCUAUUUUAAUUAUUGGAAUUAUGCAUAAGAAUCUUUUUAUACAAUCUAAUUUACAUACGUUUAAAACCCGAUUCAAACCGAAGGAGACCAGUGGGCGUCUCGACUAUUUAAAGAAAAAUAUACAAUGCUUAUUACGAUUUGGAAUACAAUUAUUUGAUUAUUAAAAUUAUAUAUUAUAUAUUACAUGAUGCAACAAAACCUUCCUUUCAGUAUAUAUAAGAAAACGUAAGGAGAAAAAUAUAUUAAAAGCUAUAAAAAUA